AGUGGCGCGCUCCGCCUCAUUUCGGCUCGGGAGAGCGAGGCGGGCGGAGCUGCGCGGCUUCUCUUCCUUUACUGCUGCGCUCGCCGGCGGGGCGAGCCCUAAGGCGAUGGGGUCCCUGUUCGCCGCCUCGCGGCUCCUUCCGGCCACCCGUCUGGCCCUCCUGGCGCUGCUCCUGCUUUGCUCCCAGCCGCCUGCCGCGGCUCCGGGACCCCCCCGGGGCAGGACUCGCGCCCCGGGGCCCCCCGUCGUGCUGGGAAGUCCACUGGUGGCAACGGCAAUUGAGACCCAAAAUUUGUCACACUGCAAAGAGGUCACAAAGCAUCACCUGACUGCAUUACUGACAGUCUCCAUUGACGUUAAGCGAGGACCUGACCCUUUCUUGUGAUGUUCUGCCGGCUUCCAACCAAGUCAGUGGAGAAGCCAUCUGGAAGUUGCAAGACAUAACGAUGCCAGGAGAUUUGGGAAACCAGCUAGAAGCCAAGUUGGACAAACCAUCUGUGGUGCACUAUCUCUGCUCUAAGAAGACAGACAGUUAUUUUACAUUGUGGCUGAAUUUAGAAUUGUUGCUUCCAGUUAUCAUUGACUGCUGGAUAGAUAAUAUCAGGCUAGUGUACAAUCGGACUAGUGGCUGUACUGCUCCCCCAGAUGGGGUUAAUAUCAAAGUCCCUGGAUUUGGGAAGACCUUUGCCUUGGAGUUCCUUGAUCCUAGUAAAAGAAGUGUUGGCACGUACUUCUACACGCUGGUGCAAAAACUAGUAGACCUGGGCUAUGAGCGAGAUGAAAGUAUUAGAGGCGCUCCUUAUGAUUGGCGAAAAGCACCAAACGAGAAUGGAGAUUAUUUUGAGGCUCUCCGGAAGCUGAUUGAGAUCAUCUAUGAAGAGUAUGGCGAACCGGUGGUCUUAAUUGCCCACAGCAUGGGGAACAUGUAUUCUCUGUACUUCCUCAGCCAUCAGCCCCAGGAAUGGAAAGACAAAUACAUCAGGGAUUUUGUCUCCUUGGGGGCUCCCUGGGGUGGAGUAGCUAAAGCUUUCCGGGUGCUGGCAUCAGGUGACAAUAAUCGGAUUCCCGUGAUCAGCUCCUUUAAGAUUAGGGACCAACAAAGGUCAGCUGUCUCCACCAGCUGGUUGCUUCCUUACAAUUACACUUGGUCUCCAGGGAAGAUCUUUGUCAGCACACCAUCCGCAAACUAUACGAUUCGGGAUUUCCAGAAGUUCUACAUGGACAUUGGGUUUGAGGAUGGCUGGCUGAUGAGGAAAGCUACCGAAGCUUUGAUUUACAGCAUGACACCCCCAGGCGUACGCACACACUGUCUUUACGGCACCGGAGUCAAUACUCCGGAUUCCUUUUUUUAUGACAGCUUACCAGAUAAGGAGCCGAAAAUCUUUUAUGGGGACGGAGACGGAACAGUAAACUUAGAAAGUGCCUUACAAUGCCAGAAGUGGAUAGGUCAGCAAGAACAAAAGGUGAUCCUUUACGAGCUUCCAGGAAAUGAACAUAUUGAGAUGCUCUACAAUAACUUAACCAUAUCCUAUGUUAAAAAAGUUCUUUUCGGCUCAUGACACAGUAGAAGUUCCACCUUUUUCCUCCAAGGCAUUUAAAUGCUGCUUUUUUUUUUCCAACGGGAAUGCACAGAAGGAUGUUUUAGACCUCUGUUUUUAAAGCUUCUUCUUCUACUACUUUUGGGCUUAUUCAAUCUUGUUGGAAAUUGGCCCUGUUUUUGGUCAGCUAAUGGUUACUUGUUUCCUAGAGCAGUGGUUCUCAACCUUUUUAAUGCCACGACCCCCCCCCAAACGGUCGUAAGUCGAGGACUACUCAACUGGUGCAGCACCGUUUGCAGAAUGGGACUUUUGGCUCAGCAGGGAAGAG